CUUCCACCUCUCAUGUUACUGGGCCCCAAGGGCCCAACUUCUUCUUCACAGGACAAAAAAAAAAGCAAGGCGAACCUAAACAGUGGACACGUGGCGAAUUGUGAUAUUGCCUUGUCAAGUUCACUCGCUGAUUUAGUUUCCUUUUUUUCACAAAAGAAGCGCCAAUCAAUUUGGAUCCAAUUAUCUCCAUCUUCGCUCUCUCGUCUUGUCUUCGGUGGUGAUAGCAUAGUCAUGGAACGGCUACAUGCUUCUGCUCGCCUUAUGAUAGUUUCUGAUCUUGAUCAUACGAUGGUUGAUCAUCGUGAUCCUGAGAACAUCUCUCUUCUUCGGUUUAAUGCCUUAUGGGAAGCUAAUUAUCGCCAUGAUUGUCUGCUUGUUUUCUCCACUGGGAGGUCCCCUACACUUUACAAACAGUUGAGGAAAGAGAAACCUAUGCUAACCCCAGAUAUUACCAUAAUGUCUGUGGGAACAGAGAUAACGUAUGGUAACUCAAUGGUGCCAGACAAUGGUUGGGUUGAGUUUCUAAAUCAGAAAUGGGAUAAGAACGUAGUCAAAGAGGAAGCAAGCAAAUUUUCUGAACUUACUCUUCAGUCUGAGACAGAACAACGACCGCACAAGGUUAGCUUCUAUGUGGAUAAAGAUAAGGCCCAGGCUGUGAUGAAGGGACUUUCAGAGCUAUUAGAAAAAUGUGGGUUGGAUGUUAAAAUAAUAUAUAGUGGAGGAAUAGAUCUGGAUAUAUUACCCCAGGGUGCAGGCAAAGGUCAAGCUCUUGCAUAUUUGCAUAAGAAAUUUAGGACUGAGGGGAAACUACCAACUAACACUCUUGUUUGCGGCGACUCUGGAAAUGAUGCUGAACUAUUUAGCAUUCCUGAAGUAUAUGGUGUCAUGGUUAGCAAUGCUCAAGAAGAAUUGCUGCACUGGCACGCUGACAAUGCCAAGAAUAACAAAAAAAUAAUCCAUGCAACUGAGAGAUGUGCUGCUGGGAUCAUACAAGCAAUUGGUCAUUUUGGUCUUGGUCCAAAUACCUCUUUAAGAGACAUUGGAGACCUAUCUGACCAUAAACUCGAGAAAUUUAACCCUGGUCAUGAAGUAGUUAAAUUUUACUUGUUCUACGAGAGAUGGAGGCGUGCAGAGGUUGAUAAUUCUGAGAUGUAUUUGGCAGCUCUCGGAGCUUCUUGUUGUGUAUCUGGUGUUCUUGUCCAUCCAUGCGGUUUUGAGCUGUCUCUUCAGGAAUGCAUAAAUAAAAUGAGAAGUUUCUAUGGAGACAAACAAGGACAGAAGUUCCAGGUCUGGGUGGAUCGUGUACUUCCUACACAAAUUGGUUCAGAUACGUGGAUGGUUAAAUUUGAUAAGUGGGAAUUAUCGGGUGAGGAGCGCCAUUGUUGCAUGACUACCGCUAUAGUUAGUUCAAAGGCAGACAAUUUCACUUGGAAGCACGUGCAUCAGACAUGGCUGCAAGGAUCAGGAACAAAAGAGGGUGCAAGCUGGCUCUUCUAGAUUGUGACGACUGAUCAACUUCAACAGUUCCCAAAUAAUGGCUAAUCUUUCACUUUACAUACUUCGCAGGGUCAUAAAUAUUCAUCCACUUCGUGUACAAGGCUCUGCAUCGUUCCAGUUUUAUCGGAUAUUCCCAAAGGGACAUGUAACACAUUGUUGAUUAUUCUUGUUCUGGUCUUUUUAAAUGCAGCAGGAUGACAUUGAUUUUUCCCCAUGUCCUUACAAGCAACACUCCAGCAAAGCUAAGAAUCAGAUUCUCUCCUCUGAUCUGGACAGCUGAACAGGUACAUAUUACCUAAUCAGAUGAUGUUUUGGGUUUAAUUUUCGUGGGUAAGUGGCAUUACCCUAUAAGCUGCAAGUGAACUAAGGGAGGGAAGGAGCUCUUCCAUGGAAGAAAAAGUUGGAGGUGCACAAACAUACAUCCAUGAGUAGCAUAGAGCCAUCGAUAUACAGCACGAGCGCACUAACCAAAACCUCCCAAGUUGCAGCUCGACAUUCCAACCUAAAUUGCCACGCGGCAAAUCGCACCUCUCCCGCUUCAGGUGACACGUGUGAUAAGGAGACAUCAAAUCUAGGGAUUUAAAAUUCAAAAGUUCCCCCCCUUCUUUAAUCAUUAUGUAUGCCGUCCUUGUCCAUUUCCAAACUUGUUUCACACACUCCCUAAAAGGUAAAAGGCCCAAUCAAUACAAACCCACCCCACACCACUUUUAUUAAAUCCAAUCUUCCCCCACCCUCCUCUCUCUCUCUCUCUCUCUCUGUCUGUGCUCCGAGAUUCUCUCCAACACUCCUGUGCGAUCGCAACAGGGUGCGGCUGCGGUUGAUCGAUCGAUCGAUGGCUCUGAGACUGGUUUACGGCGUCAUGUUCCUGUCUGUCUCGUGCGCAUGUUUCAAGCUUCUCCAUCUAUUUCUUCACCCAGUCUUCUAUCUCACCUCCUGAGAAUGAAUUGAUUCAUGUUAUUUUGCAAUGGAUCGAAACUUGAUCUACUGUCGAAUUGAACUUCUGUGUUGAGUGAUUGGUCCUUUUUUUUUUUUGCGAUGUCUAUCACUUUACAGAUCUGAAUUCGUUUGUCGUUUUGAUUCCGAUCUUGUUUUCUGUUUAUCAAUUUGAAAUGGAAAUUUCAGAUUUAAUAUAAUAUAUUAUCAGAUCUAGGUUUUUGGUUUUA